AUGGCGCCGCCGGCGCCGCCCAACAGCCCCGACGGCGACGCCCCGCCGGCCAUGGAGUCCCAGGAGGCCCUCCCGGAACACGUUGUCGAGGACAUCCUCCUCCGCCUCACCACGGCCAAGGACCUCGCCCGCGCAUCCAUGGCCAGCGCAUCCUUCCGCCGCAUCAUCGCCGCCCGCUCCUUCCUCCGCCGCUUCCGCGCCCUCAACCAGCCGCCUCUCCUGGGCGUGCUCGCGUACGAGUCGUCCCAAAGGGCCAACCUCUCGGUCGCCUUCCUCCCGGCCCAGCCACCCCACCCCGCCGCGGCGGCCGCCGCCCACACCCUCGCCAGGGCUGACUUCUCCUGCUCCUUCCUCCCCUCCCCGGAGCUGUGGAUCAACUGUGACUUCCGCGACGGCCGCGCCCUCCUCUCCAAGCAGGGGGAUUUCCUGGCCAACCUCGCCGUGUGCGACCCACUGCACCGGCGCUACCUCCUGCUACCUGCCCUCGCCGACGACCUAGCUGCCCUAACCAGGCAGCUGGAUGUCAUCCAUUGUCACCCCUUCCUUGCCCCUGCCGGCGAGGCCAGGGGCGACAACGUCGACCCUCCAUCGGGCUUCAGGGUCAUGUGCUUGCUCAGGUGCUCGAGCCAGCUGAUCCUCUUCAUCUUCUCUUCGUCGGGUGCCCGCGCCAGCCAAUGGCACACUGUUACAUUUGGUGGUUGGGGCGCCUUGAUGGCAGGA